UGUAAUUGCUAGCAAUGAGUAAAAAUGUUAUGAAUUAUUUUACAUUCAAUACUCACUGCAUUGCGCCCUGACAUUGGCUCACAAUCAGUACGCUCCGUGCUGCCAAUGGGAGCAGUGCUGCCAGCACGACAGAAGCAUUUUUUACGUAAUCAAUCGAUUUCGUUAAACGUCACUAGCUGUCAAACCGUUCCACGGCCUAAUUUUUUUACUGAACGGGAUGAAUUUGUGGUGAAAAUAAUUGUCUCACACGAAAAACGCUGCUGAAAAAUUGAACUCGAACGCGUGUUAAAGCCGCGUUACGGAAGCAGAACUGCGCGGAUUGUACCGGUGUUGCACGACAUCACCGACGACCGACGAUUCCGGCGACGGAAAGUGCACCGCCGCAGCAAGCUAGCUGGCACAAGCAGCAGCAGCAGCAGCAGCAGCAUUAGCAGCAGCAGCAGGUGCCUGGUUGGUUCACCGUCAGAUAACCUAUAUUUGCUUCUAUUUUCUCCUUCCGUGACGACGACGACGACGACGACGACUGGCACUUUUACGGUGCGGUGUCUCGUGUCCGGCUUCGCAAUUGAUCAUUCUCAAUGGGAUUUCUAAGGUUCCAGUUAGGCUAGUGUUUCAAUGAAACUUCCGCGUGACAAGCAAAGAAGUAUGCUCUGUCUGGUGUGACGUCUGGAAAUACAAAAUGCAAAGUGGAGGAGGGCCGUUGCCACCCGGUACGGUCAUACGUAACAUGGCAUCGGGGACCCCCACGUCCCAGCAGCAGCAGCAGCAGCAGCAGCAACAACAACAACAGCAGCAGCAACAGCAGCAGCAGCAGCAGCAGCAGCAGCAAGCGGACAUGAAACUCACAUCGCAGCAAGCAGCGAUGAUGAAUCAGCAGCAACAGCAGAACGCGCUCUACACGCCGCAGCCCGUGUAUCGCGGUGCGGGCGGUGGUCAAUCUGCGCGGCCACGAGGUACGAUGCAAAUCGGCCCCUACCACCAGAUGCAGAUGACCUUCAACCUGAUGCCGCCGAUGCCCCGAAUACAGGCUCCGUGGGGAAAUAUGAGCAACUUGCAAGUGCUGUACCCACAGUACAUGCUGUAUCCGCCGGCGGCCGGUGGUCGCCGUCAAGCGGGAGGAGACAGCAACCUAGUAAAUAUCUCGCAAGUGCCGCUGCCUCAGCACGCUCAUUCUAAUCAGCAGCCGGCACCGAUGCAGGUGGCACACGAAAUGAUGCAGCACAUGCAUCCACCGCAGGCACCGCAACAAGUUGCCGCUACCCACGUUGCACCGCUCGAGCAACAUCCACAGGCCGGUACCCCGGCACAGGUGGCGGUAGUAUCAUCGCAACCGCACACUUCCUAUUCGCAGAUGUCGAAUCUGAUUGCGGCACCGCCGCCGCACAUGCAACCCGGUGCAGCCGGUGCCGGUGUGGGCGUCGGUAUCGGGGGAGUCGGUAUGGGCGUCGGUCACGGUGGGCCGACUGGGGAGUUAACCAAACAACCGGCCAAACGGGAGAAGCGUAAGCAUGCCCUUCGCAUCAUCGAUCCCAGCACGAACGAGGAUAUUUUGGCGAACAUGUUCAAUGAUACGACGUCGAACGCGAGUGGUGGAAGUGGGGUUGGUGCUGGCGGGGGAAAUGCUUCCUCCGCAACUGCUGGCUCGAGUGCGGCUUCAUCGGCCGGUACACCGGGACCACCAUCGGUGCCAAUUGGUGCGGAGCCCGUCGCUAUGGUGGAAUCGGAUUAUCCUGAUUAUCCACCAUCACAGCAGCAGCAGCAGCAGCAGCCACCGCCGCCACAGCAACAAGAGAUGGUCGUUCCUGCGCCGAUGGUUCCGCAGAUGCCACCACCGCAACACCACCAUCAUCAACCGCCACCUCAGAUGCUUCUUACCGGGCACGAUUUAAGUGGCCGCGUUCCGAACCAGCAUCAGCAGCAGGUUCCACCGCCGCCACAGCAGCAAUCGGUCGUCCCAGGGGGACACCCGCACGAUUUGUACGUCAGUGGAGGACUGAAAAUGAUGAACCAUUCGCACCCUCCGCCCCAUUUACCGCCGCACCUAGCGAAUGACAUGACCACGGUGACGGGCACGCCCGUCGUGUCCGCCAUGUCCGAUGGUCCCUCGGUGGAGAUACCGAACUCGUACAUUAAAAAGAAAAAACCUAUCCCGGACGGAGCAAUGCAUCAUUCGCAACAGCAGCAGCAACAACAUCCGCACGCGAAGCAGCAACAGCAGCUCCAUCAUUACCAUCCGCAUCAGCAGCAACAGCAGCAGCAGCAGCAGCAGCAGCAUCAACAGCAGCAGCACCAACAGAUGCAUCACCACCACCAGCAGCAGCAGCAGCAGCAGUCGCAUCAUCACUCGCAUCAAAGACACCAACAGCAUCAGCAACACUUGCAGCACCAGCAGCAGCAACAACAGCAGCAACAACAACAACAACAUUCGUAUGCAGUACAACAAUCGCAGCAAGCCGUGGCUGUAGCUCAAGCAGCAGCAGCAGCAGCAGCCGCAGCCGCUGCAGCACACGCCCAGGCGCAGGUCAAUGCUCAGGCCCAAGCUCAGGCAGCAGCAGCAGCAGCGGCAGCGGCAGCGGCAGCAGCAGCCGUAAACGUCUCCUCCGUUCCUCCCAACAACCACUCCGGUGCCGUGAUUGCGGACGGCGACAUGAUGCCGCCGCAGCAUAAUGCGGCGAUCGCUGUGCAGCAGCAGCAGCACCCGCACCACCACCACCAUAAUGCUACUCCGUUAGUCGGGGCCGCUAACUACAUGACGGAACCACCGCCACCGAUCAUUACGCCCAAUAAUGACCGACGGUUCCGUACGGUUUCGGAAAAAUCCGUCACCGAAUCCAACCUCUCCUCGGACGCAGAACCGUUCGUGUACACCGGUAGCAGCAGCAGCAGCGCUAGCAGCACCACUAUUGCCCCCAACCUACUGCAAGGUCCGCCUCCUUCCACUCCGUCUGUUGUUGCUUCUUCCACGGUGGAAACUACCUCGGAAAAGGUGGAAGCAAUGGAAGCGAGAAAGGAGCCGGAAAGUAGUUUGUCCGCAGCGGUCGUUGAUAAGCCGCAGGAACAGAGUAUGCUGGAGGAGGACACAAUGAUGGUGGCGCAGCAGCAGCAGCAGCAUGAAGACGCGCAGAAUGCGAACGUGAACGUGCCUCCGAGGGAAAGUAAUUCCGACCAGCUUAGCAUCGAUGAUGGUGGCGUCAUCGCCACUGCCGAUAAGCUUGUGGAAGGUGUAGCGAAUUUGAACAUUGGCGGCGAUGAUGAAAAGGAAACAGAAGGGCGGUCGGCAGGGGCCCAGUUGAUGGGUGAGGCAGAAGUCGACGCGGAUGUGGCUGCCUCGGACGAAACGGAUCGAGCGGCUGUGGUUGCGUCCGAUGUGGUGGUUGCCACUACUGCCAAUAGCAUGAGUACAGAUUCGGCGGCUGCGGUCCAGCAGGCAAACUUUUUAAAUAAGGAAUGUAGCGUUAAGCCUCUAGAUAAUGAUUAUAUUAAUAAUAACAGUGUGGAUUACACCAGACGCUUAAGCUCGAUAGAUGGACUCGUCGACGGUAAGGGUGCCGCACCGUCGGUCGAUAACAACGGCAAGGAAGCGACCAGUGUGAUGCCGAAGGCAACGGACGAGGAUCGCGAACGGAAGCCCGCAGCGGAACAGCGCCAGAGCGGCGGUGGCGAAACUGAUCAAAUCGUCCCACAAGACCGUACCAAGCACGCGCAAAGCGGUAGCAAUAGCAAUGAAGCUGUCACGCUCUCAGCCGCAGCUUCCACGACGAGCAGUAGUUUGGACGAUAAUCGUAACGUAGUUACAGAGAGCACGUCCUCUCCUUCGCUGGAAGUCGACGCCGAAGCAAAACCGGUCCCGGUAGCGACCACUGCAGCGCCAGCAACAACAGCACCAACAGCUGAGGAGAGCAGUAAGCAGGAGGAGGAAUCGUCUGCAUCGAAAACGGCGACAACGGUGGCGGCUGCAUCGAAAGCGAAAAGCGUUGCUCCCACUUCCAUGGCACCGCCAGCGGUAAAGAAAAGCAAAUCAAUCACGCUGAUCGUGUACGAUCCCGACCAGUGGAGCCCGGAGAAUCCGACCGGCAAGAAAAAGUAUUCCCGUGAGCAGCUGAUGAUGCUGAAGGACAUUGGACCCGCGCUCGAGAAGCCGCUGAACCUGCCAAACAGUUUGGAAAAUUUGCUGCGCACGAAUUACUCGAUGGGGGGCAUGGGCGGUGGCGGUGGUAAUAUGUACGGUAACAGCUUGAAGGGCAACGAGUUUUCGCUGAUGCCGAACUUUAUGAAGAGCGGGGGAGGAGGCGGUGGGGGUGGCAUGGGCGGCCACCACAAUCCAGUGCGGCAGCCGUACAUGAAGCGUUCGUCGCAGCAGGGAAGCGCGGGCGGGAAUCAGUCGGGCGGAGCGCAGCCCAACAAGCAAUCGCAGCAGGGCCUCAGCAAGACCGGGUCCAAGAUCAUCAAGCUGAACCUGCAGCUGAACGAGGAGGUGAAGCUGAACUCGAGCGCCAACGCGUGGAAACCGAGCCAGCUGCAGAAGAGCGAAAAUGUCGAACAGGACGAAACGCAGAAGCUGCUCAAGUCGAUGCGCAGCAUCCUGAACAAGCUGACGCCCGACAAUCUGACCAAGCUGGUCGAGCAGGUGAAGAAACUGCCGAUCAAGACGUUCGAACAGUUCGAUGGCUGCAUUCAGCUCGUGUUCGAGAAAGCGAUCUCGGAACCGAACUUUUCCGAAGCGUACGCAAAGAUGUGCCGUGAGAUUGGAUCGAUGAGCAACCCGGAAAUCCAGAACCGGAACACGGACUUCUGCUCCAACCUGGUCAAACGGUGCCACCACGAGUUCAUGAAGUGGCGCGAAGAUCAGGCGAACGCGGUGAGCGAGCGGCGGGCGAAGCUGAAGAACAAAAAGCUGACCAAUGACGAGCUGGAAGAACUGAAGGAACAGCUCGAAGAGGAGGAGCUCAAAGUGCGGCGGAGAGCGGUCGGCAUCGUGCGGUUCAUCGGUGAGCUGUAUAAGGAGGGUUUGCUGUCGAACAAACCGAUCCUCACGUGUUUCGAUAUGUUGCUCAAGGAUCUGCACGAAUCGUCGCUGGAGUGUUUGUGCAAGCUGCUGACGACGGUCGGCUCGAAGCUGGAGCGGACGCGCCCCACGAGUCCGCUCAUGGUCGACGGGAAGCUGGAAAAGCCGCGCGAAGCGCCGAUAUCGCUCAAGAACUACUUCGAGCAGCUGAAGAGCAUUGUGCGCGAGUACGAGAAGCACAAGAUUUCGAGCCGCAUCCGGUUCAUGAUACAGGACGUGAUCGAUCUGCGCAACAACCAUUGGGUGCCGCGGCGCCAGGAGCUCAACCCUAAAACGAUCUCGCAGAUUGCGCUCGAGGCCGAGUCGGAGCAGAAUCGCAUAAAUAUGCUGAACUUUAUGCCCUCGAAGGACAGCUACUCGGGCAGUGAUAUGGGCGGCCGGUCCGGUGGAGGACGAAGUGGCGGUGGAGGCGGUGGUGGUGGAGGAGGUGGCGGAGGAGGAGGAGGAUCUGGACUGUACGGAAAGUCAUCGAGCGGGGGGCCUGGCUACAAUCAGGGAAGCUUCGGGCGAGGUAGUAGCGGCCGAGGCGGUGACGGAGGAGGUGGCGGCGGUGGCGGUGGCGGUGGCAGCGGCUCCAGCAAAGGUGGUCGGUUGCAGCAGGACGAAGAUGGUUUUCUGGCGGUGUCGAACAGCCGCAGCAGCAAUCGUCCGUUCUCGAUAGAUCCAAAGAAGCUGCCAAUGCUGACGGUCAACGUUGACACGACGCAGCUGGGCCGGGCAUCGAACUAUCAAACAAACAAAUGGAAGAAGAACAUGUACGCGGAGCUCGGCAACGAAGAAGGAACGGCAUCGUCGUCGUCGUCUUCCAGCGCGUUGCCAGAUCGUGAUGAGCGGGACAGUGACCGCGACAGAGACCGGAACCGCGAUCGAGACCGGGAACGCGAUCGUGAUAGAGACCGGGAUCGUGACCGUGACCGUGAUCGUGAUCGCGACCGUGGCUCGAACAAGGAACCGUACCACAUGAAAACGGCCGAACGGGAUCGAUAUGGACGGUACGGUAGCAGUAGCAGUCAGAACGAGGAUCGCUAUAACCGCUCCUCCCGCGAGCCUUCCUCCUCUUCCGGUGGUGGCGAGUGGGAACGGAAGAUGGGAGCGUCCUCGAUGCAGAGCCGUCAGUCACAGUCGCAGCAACCGCCACGCAUGGCACGGAUGGGCCAAUCGUCCUCCACUUCGGGAGCGUUCCACCAGCAGCUGCAGAUGCCUACCGGACCGCCAUCCUCCUCCUCGUUGUCGGCAGGAGCUUGGAAGGGUUCAGCCGGCUCAGCAGCAGCAGCAGCGACGAGCAGCGAAGCAGUCGCGCCGAAACCGAACGAGCCGUUCGACGAGCGUAUGGAGAACCUGGUGUACGAACUGGCGGGCAAGAUCGAGGUCGCCAGCAGUUCGCCCGAGUUUUACUACACGGUAGCGUACAGGCUCGUCCGGAACCAGUUCAACUCCGCUCAGUCAAAGCGUCGGACGGCUGCCACAGUCUUGACGGACAUGCUGCGCCUCACAAUGAUCAGCCGCGCCGACUUCCAGCUCGCGCUGCACAAUCUGCUGAAGGCAGUCGACGAUCUGCUGCUCGAUGUGCCGAAGCUGUGGGAGUACUUGGCGGACUUUUUCGUGCCCCCGUUGCACGAGCGGCUGAUAACGCUGCAGGACGUGCGGCAGGUUGCGACCGGCACGUUCAACCCGGAGGACGGAUACAGUUGGCCGCUGCUGAAGGCGAUCCUGCGCAGCUACGAAGCGACGCACGGCAGGGAUGCGACCGCUAAGCUUUGGUUCGAGGGUCCGCUCGAGUGGAGGGAAUUUUUCUCCAGCUCGGCAGACGAGGCCGCAAUCAGGCGGCAGGUUACCGAGGGUUCGCUGGGCUACCUGCUCGACAUGCGAGCGCUUUGGCCCGCGAUCCGCCAGUUCCUGGAGCGGGAUGCGCUGAACGAGGAGAUCUUCGCCUUCAUCGAUGCGCACUGCAGUUCCGAGCAGCAGCUCGACACGCCGGAGUUUAUCCGCCCGCUAACGACGGUCGUGUUCGAGCACUGCAUCCACAACAAAAAGCUCGACCAGAAGAAGAUGGAACGGUGGCACCAGCUGCUGCAGCGAUACCUGUACGGGAAGGCGGAGCGCGAGCUGGAGGCGCUGUACGCGAUCCAGCGGCUGGUGGUGGGGCUACAGCAUCCGCCGAAUCUGCUGCAGACGAUCUUCCACCAGCUGCUCGAUUUGGGCGUCAUCAUGGACGGGUUCAAGCGCUGGAUCGAGGACAAAAAUGAUCACGAGCCGGAGGGUCGUGGGGUGUGCGUCAAAUCGACCACCCAGUUCUUCGUGCAGCUGAUGGAACCGGACAGCGAGGAUGGCGGGAAGGAUGGCGACAGUGACGACGGUGGGAAGGACAGCGAAAACUAAUUAAGCCGCAUGUGGUGGGUUUUGACGGACGCAUAGAAGUAGGGCUAGCAAGGAAGGGAGGAAAACCUUCGGGUUUGUGUUUACUGUGCUGGUUCGUUCAAUCCGUGUACGAUUCGUGUAUGAUUCGUCUUUUUAUACAAAUACAUCCACAGCCACCUCCGCACACUAAACACCCAGCCAAAAAACACAGGCGAGCCGACGACGCUACCCUAAUUAUUACCAAGUACAUAUUCGAUUCUAGAGUACACCGCGUCCUCCGUCCUGCGCGCUUUCGGGGGACCGGGUCGGACAGUGUUGUCGGCGCAGGCGGCGGUAGUAGUGAAAAGUGAAAGAGGGCGAACGUGAGCAGAGUGUUUAGUGUGUACACAACAGGACGGUAGUAGAGAGAUUCCGCGAGAUGAGCUCUUGUUUUUGCUAUGCGUUCGUAUGUGCGCGUGUGUGUGUGUGUGUGUAUUUCGAGUUGUGCGUGUGUGUCUGUGUUGGUGUGUGGUGCUGUGCCGGUCUGGAAAUGGGAUCUGGAAUGAUGAAAUUGCAAGGUAAUGAUGGGUGGUCGGUCAAACUAAAAUAUGAGCUGCUGCAAACAAACAAUUCCGACGAUCCACUUGCCGCGUUCUUCGUUCCGGUGUCCUCGCGACCGUGCCACACGCCACGACAUUUGAUGAGCAGGAUCGCUGAUGAUCGACAGACAAACCACGAGAAGGACGAUAAUUGCUGCUGGUGCGAAAUAUAGCGAUGUAUUGUUUAUGCUGCAAACAAUAAUAAACUACUAUUACGAAAUACGACGAACAGUCUGCUGCUGUCGUGCGGUCCAGCGCGCGCGCACUCACACACACACACACAUCUCACACGAUGCGCUUACUAGGAGGAGGUUCGUAGCCUCUCGAGCAUCCUAGUAAGCUGGUACACACACACACACACACUCACACAUAGAGAGAGUGUACGAGAUGAUCAACAACACAACACAGCAAAGACACACAUACACACACCCUCUCAAAAAUUACAUAAACACACAAGUAAUGAUUAAACGAUAAACUAUAAUUAAUAAAUAUGGAAUACCGUUAAGAUCAACAUUUAUUUACAUGCAUAAAUAUAUACAUAUACAUAUAUAUAUAUUUAUAAAUAAUUAU